ACAUACUUUAACACUGUGUUCUCCUGCAGGAGGAUGUCAGCAGUGGUGGUGGUGCAUGGGGGGGCGUGGGCCAUACCUGAGGACCUGGCCAAGGCCUCUGUGGAUGGAGUGAAGGCUGCAGCACGUCAAGGAUCGUCUGUGCUGAAAGGAGGAGGAAGUGCUCUGGAUUCUGUUGAGGCAGCCGUGAGGGCUAUGGAGGAUAACCGUGCGUUUAAUGCAGGGCAUGGAGCAGCACUAAAUGCUGAAGGAGAAGUGCAGCUUGAUUCCAUUAUCAUGGAUGGAAGGACACUUGCCUGUGGUGCCGUGGCUGCAGUGAAGAACAUCGCCAAUCCUGUGUCACUGGCACGGGCAGUGAUGGAAAAGACAUCCCAUGUCAUACUGGCAGGCAGAGGUGCAAACCUGUUUGCAGAGAGUAUUGGCAUGGCCACCGUCCCCGCUGAUGAACUGGUGACUGAGAAUGAGAGGAAAGAGUGGGACAAACAAAAAAACUAUGUAACUGGAGUUAUGGAGGAUUUCAACUCUCAGUGGGCCCAUGAUACUGUUGGGGCAGUCGCUGUGGACUCUGAUGGUAAUGUGGCGUGUGCAACAUCAACUGGAGGCAUCAGAAAUAAAAUGGUUGGCAGAGUGGGAGACUGUCCCAUCAUUGGCUCUGGAGGAUAUGCAGACAACCUCAGUGGUGCAGUGUCGUGUACCGGCCAUGGAGAAUCUAUUCUCAAAGUGACAUUGGCCAGACUCAUUCUUUCACAUGUUGAACAAGGUAAAUCUCUAGCAGAUUCUUCCCAGUUGUCUCUGCAGUACAUGGGAGACCGUGUCCAUGGUGCAGGAGGCGCUAUAGCCGUUUCUCCGUCAGGACAGUGGGCAGCAACAUUUAGCACAGAGCGAAUGGCCUGGGCAGCAGUGGAUCAGGAUGUUCUGUGGUAUGGAUUAGACCCAAAGGAAAAACUGAAUGAAAAGUUAGGCCAAUAACAUUCUUAGCACAGUUUUUACUCUUUAUAGUCAAAAGUCUGGAGCUAUAGAAUACACAUAUUUCUUAAUUGUUUUCUACUAAUUCUCUAUGGUUUGGACCACACUGUCUGUCAUUGUUGAUAGUUGCCACUGGUGCUUGUAGCCAAAGGAAAUUAGUUGUCUUCAUUAAUUAGCAUGUCAGAGAUACAUAGGCUAUGUACAAUUAAAUAAUUAAUGAAAGCUGGAAUAUUAUAUUGUCUCGAGAACUUCAAAUUGGACCAGUUUUUGUUAUCUCCUGAUUUCUGGAUUGAAUAUUACAUUAAAUAUACUAAUUGAAAAUGUCUGAAUUUUUUUUCUCUCUUCAAAUAAAAUCAAUUUUUCACA